AUGUUCUAUAGAUUGCCGUAUGCACUGGAUACCCCACCAUCCACGUCUAUGGCCGCGCACUACAAAGUGCAUCAUCAUCAUCUACGAUUCCGUGAGGUGACAGUCAUUGCAAAUAAUGCAACGUGCCCGAAUGGCGGUAAUGUCUUGCUCUGCCAAAGUGCGUCGUACUCGUGUCAGGACGAUGGGACUGGUGUUCAGAGAUGUCUGGAGCGUGAUGACUCGUUCCUCGCCUCAGUUGAUGAUAAAGUCACCACACCUUGGGCGCAGUGCAGUCAAAAGAAUGCGACGCUUCCCUCCAAGUGUCUUUUUGACUUCCAAUGCAUCUGUAUGGACAUAGCCAAUGACGACUGCUACUGCAUGCCACCAGACGCUUGGCGCACUGCUCGCCGCCCUGCCGAAAGCUGUACCACUUCGAGUGGAGAAAUUGGAUCAUGUGAUGAGGGCAAGUAUUGCCGUACCAAGGGCUCGAAUCAGGAGUGUGCCAUUGCCCCUUAUCUUCCAAGCAGCACGUCGCUGUUCAGUGACUGCACAAAUGACCGCGUUUGCGACACAGGUCUAACCUGUAAAGAUUAUAAAAACUUUGGUAUUUGCGUGCAGAGCAGUGAGGCUGACGUGAGUCAAAACUAG